AUGCACCUCCCAAUUCAGAUCGGCGAUGGAUCAUUUGUUCGCACCCGAGAAAUAAAGCCGCAACCAAAGCUCGGUCCCAUUGGAUUCUGGCUCGAUGGCUCUUCAUCCGUUGCUGGAAGCAAGGACAUUUGCGUCAACCGCCGGGAAGCAGUGAUCUUGUCAGCUCUGCUGAUUUUGGACCAUUUCACCUCACAGCCACGACUCCUAGGGACAAGUUUCCCUGAGACCGAAGGCCCCCGCUACGGACCAACACGUUUAUCUGACGAGUUUGUAACGCGAGUGAUCGAGUCGGAGGUGAAUGAGCCCAUGACAAAGGCGCUCGUCGCUUUGGAGGGAGCUGUUCAGCAUGUCCCAGCUCAGAUAUUGCGAGAUCUCAUCUACUCUUUCUUAGACACGCUGAAAGCAUCACCGAAUGCUUCCAAUUAUCCGAAGCUCUUGCAUUGUACGUUUGAGUUGAUCAAACUACUAUUGCACAGCAGUCAGCCACAGCUGGUGACAGGAGUGGCACUCAGAGUAUGGAAGGAAUUUCCUCAUGAUUCUUCAAGCCAUCGCAAAGUGAGCCUUGUGAAGAUCGGAAGAAUCCUUACGCCAAGCCAAGCCGGCGAUCUAAUGCAGACUUUCGUUGCGGAUGUGUGUGAUACACUCCAAAAGCAGCGAGCACCGGGUGACACUGACAGCCCAGAAAUGCCGUUUAUCAAGAUCACCACAGUAAAGAUGCUCGUACAGGCUCUUGCUGAGGCGGAUUUCCUUGCACCGUCUACUCAACUACACUUCCUCGAAAGCAUGUGUGGCGCCAGUAGCCAUAUUGACGUCCGUGUGGAGAUAGUCAAAUCUGUUUUCCAACUGAUUCGCCCGAAUCAGCAUGCUGAUGUAUUCAGGGCCUUGUCCACUAUUGCCUUGUCGUCGGCUGCGGGGCCUAGUGAGAGGGACAUAGUCACUGAGGAUGGCUGGCGCGCAGCGGAGGCUGGAGGUUCUCUGCCUCUAGUCCUGAACGCCCGUCCGAUCCUAGAUUUGAUUGUCUCAGAUGCAGCCAUGAAAAUCCCGGACGAGUUACAUUCGGAUUAUGUUCAAAAAGUCGUGUUGCCUUUGGUGACAGAGUCUAUCCGCCAACACACCCGAUGGAUGACUGUCCUGCUCGCAAGGCUUGGCCUUUCACUCUCAAAUCUUGGUCUAACCGCCGCGGACAUCGGUCCUUUCCCUUCCGAUCUAGUCAACAAGGUCCUCCGCAAAUGGGCACGCUACCUUCCGGCGACUUAUCUGCAGUAUCAUCGCAGUUGGGGUCUUGUGUACCUGCACCGUGACUCUUUUAACCGAAUCUCCGAAGCGCUCGCGUCGUCCACGGACCCAAUAAAAGAAGAUUCCAAUGUGCGAGAUCACUUGCAAGCCCUUCUCAAGUCCCAGCGCGAUCGAUGUCCUCUCAGUUAUACCUAUCGCUUCUGUUCCCUUAUAGACAGCAAAGUUCCAAACGGCAUCAACGAUGAGCUUUUACUUGAUGACUUCAGAUCUCGUGUCGAAGUGUUCUCAAAGUCUCCAGUCGCAUACAACCAUUCAUUGAGAAGAUACAGCGUUCAUCCGAGUUAUACGUUAUGUGUUCUGCAGGGAUUGAGGAAGGCAAGAGAAGAUCUCGGCCGUCCUUUUCCCUCGCGUUAUAUUCAUGCCACCAAGCUCAUGAUGAUUAUCGUGGAUGCAGCGGAACUGGUCCGGAAAGAAGGAUGGUCACCCGAAUUGAGCACUCAUCCAGUGACUGUCCCAGCCACAUUUGAAUAUGAGGUUGAGAUGCUUCCCUCGCCGUCAUGGAGCCCACUACCAUCAAAUUCGGCGUUGGAUAAUUUUGUUUCGGGAAUAACUGGAUUGAUAUCAAAAUACGCCGCAGACCCCGUGUUACUGAUCAAGGUUGGUUCCUUUGCGCCGAUUUUGAGAGAGGUCCGCCAGGAUCAACGCGAAGCCUGUGCUCUGCUACUUGGAGAAGACUCUGAUGAUGGAAAUGAUCGAGAUAGGCUCGUCAAGGCCUGUGUCCGAGUGAAAUUGGCAGUGUUGCUGUUGGAGGAUGCACAUAAAGCGGAGGUGCCGCUGAAUGAACGUACACUCAGUAUGAUCGAGAAGUGGAAGGGAAGCGACAUUGAUAUGGUCCGGCAGGCUGCAUGGGCGUGGAAUUGGAAGACUAGUAACCCGAGUCCGUACACUUCGGUGUAUAUUGAGGGGUGA